AUGAGGGCCUCUUACGAGCCGCUCAGGGCAUCUUCCCGCCGCCUGGAGAGUCCCUUUUCUUGGGGCUUCCUUGGGAUCCUAGUGCUGGCCCUAGAGCUCCUGCUACCCACACGCUCAGAUGCCUGUGAUGACCCACCAAGAUACCAAUCUAUGAAAAUCAAGGGUAAUCCUAAACCCUCUUAUAAUGCUGGGGACACAAUAGAAUAUGAGUGUCGCCUAGGAUACAAGCGUAUUGUUCCUUUUCUUCCCAUGUCUACUGUUUGUCAGCCCAGUAACACAUGGGUACCUCCUCUCCAGGAGGCUUGUACAAAAAAGGCAUGUCAACAGCUAGGAGACCUCGUAAAUGGCGACGUAGUCUACGCUAACGGAAGUAUGGAGUUUGGCUCACAAGCUCACUUUAAAUGUAAUGCUGGUUAUUACUUAAUUGGACCAAAAACCCUAUAUUGUGAACUCGCUGGAAAUAAUGUGGAAUGGAGUGAUAAUCUACCAAGUUGUGAAAAGGUUUUGUGUAAACCACCUCCAAAAAUACCAAAUGGAGAAUUCACCAAUAGCCACAAGGCUACAUUUGAAUAUAAUGAACUAGUAACUUACAGUUGUAAGCCUUCCGGUGGACCAGAUGAAUAUUCACUUGUUGGAGAGAGGAAGCUUAUUUGUAUUGGGCACGACAAAUGGAGUAGUAACCCUCCUGAGUGUAAAGAUGCCUGUGAUGAGAUACCAAGAUAUGAAUCUAUGAAAGCCAAGGGUAAUCCUCAGCCCCCUGUAAGUUCUGGGUUCGAAGUAGAAUAUGAGUGUCGCCCAGGAUUCAGGCUUAUUGUUCCUCUUGUUCGUCCCACCACCACUGUUUGUCAGCCUGAUGGCACGUGGGCACCUCCUCUCCAGGAGGCCUGUACAAGAAAAUCAUGUCUACAACCAGCAGAGCCCCUAAAUGGCCACGUAGAAGGAACUUUUCAGCUUGGUACACAGGCUAACUACUCUUGUAAUGAGGGUUAUUACUUACUUGGAUCACCAGUUAUACAUUGUGAACUUUCUGGAAAUGAUGUAGUUUGGAGUGAUGAGCCCCCACUCUGUGAAAAGAUUUUGUGUCAACCACCUCAACAAAUACCCAAUGGAGAAUUCAGCAAUAGCGACAAGGAUACAUUUGAAUAUAAUGAAAUGGUAACUUACCGUUGUAAAACUUCGAAUGGGCCAGAUGAAUAUUCACUUGUUGGAGAGAGCAGACUGAUUUGUUCUGGGCCAAACAAAUGGAGUAGUGACCCUCCUGAGUGUAAAGUGGUCAAAUGUCCAUAUCCAUCGCUCCCUGAUGGAACUAUUGUGUCAGGAUUUGGGAAAAAAUAUUACUACAAAGCAGAAGUUGAGUUUGAAUGCAACCAGGGUUAUUCCCUUGAAGGCAGCCGCAAAAUUGUCUGUGAAGCUAAUAGUACCUGGGUACCCGAGAUUCCUCGCUGUGUUAAAGAUGCCUGUGAUGAGAUACCAAGAUAUGAAUCUAUGAAAGCCAAGGGUAAUCCUGUGCCCCCUGUAAGUGCUGGGUUCUCAGUAGAAUAUGAGUGUCGCCCAGGAUACAGGCUUAUUGUUCCUCUUGUUCGUCCCACCUCCACUGUUUGUCAGCUUGAUGGCACAUGGGCACCUCCUCGUCUCCAGGAGGCUUGUACAAGAAAAUCAUGUCCACAGCUAGCAGAGCCCCUAAAUGGCCGCCUAGAAGGAAGUUUUCAGUUUGGUUCACAGGCUAACUACUCUUGUAAUGAGGGGCACCAUACUUUCCUAUUUCUUUGUAUGCCUUGUGAUUCUUUUCUUGAAUUGGACACUUGAAUUCUAAUAAUGAGGUAACUCUGGAAGUCAAAUUCUCCUUCCCAGGGCUUGUUAUUUUCUUAGCUCGUUUUAGUGUUUUGAUUGUUGUAGGGUCUGAGGAUCAGCCAAAUAUGUAAACUGAAGGCCUUCUCAGGUCUUUUCUGAGCCUUUCCCUGGGCAGGCACCGUCACCUAAUGUCCCCCACCUGUGCAUGUCCUAGAUUUGAUGUCUGUCUCCUGAAAGGGGAAAAAGCAAAAAUUGAAAGG